AUGGCAGCGAUAGCGGACACAAAGGGCACCGAAGAAGUCGGAGCCAUAAAACAGCCACAGAUAGAUCUGAAGCCGACACCACUGAAGACAUCGGUCGCGAUCACAGAUGACAGCGAAGAACACAAUGUCAUAAAACAGCCAAAGAUUUACGCGAAGAACUCAUUCGAUCGUUUCGGUGAUGACUUGUGUGGACUCAUACUGUCGUACUUUUCGCUGAACGAGCGCUUUGUCUGCGAAUGUGUGUCCAAACAGUUCCAGAGGACUGUCUUCAAGAGUGUUGUCGACAUCACUCAUCGAGAAAGAAUGACAAUCAAAGAGUACCAGCGAUUUCGAGAUAACCCACACUUGUGUCCAUUCAAUACCAAUAAUCAGUCCCUAAGAAGUACUAAAUCUUGGAAGAGCUGUGAAUCUCACGAGAGUUUGGUUGAAACGGCCGAACAGUUGUCACGAUUACCACAAUUACGAGAUUUGACACUCGAUUUAAAUCUAAAGUACGGCCAGAACUCACUGAACGACUCUUUGCGGACAAUCGACCAGAAGUGCCCGCAAUUGAAACGAUUGGCACUUAUAUUGAGAUCUAAAACAACUCUUCGAUUAUAUCACCACUCAUUGGAUUCGUUGAUAUUUUAUCAAAGAUUAAGACGUUUUGAUUUAACACUAUGUGUGGGAAUCAAUGACACAUUUUUGGAUCCGUUGAAACUCUGCCAUCGAUUAACACAUUUAUCGAUCAAAUUCUCGCAAAUCAAUGACACAUUUCUCGACAAUAGCGACAACCAUUGGCCGCGACUUCAAUACCUAAACAUUGGGCUAAAGAAUAUCACUCGCGAGGGAUUGGAUGGCAUCGCAAGACUACCGGCGCUGCAGAUACUGGUGUUGAGAUGCGAUACAUUUAGUUUCAUGGAUAGUGUCUGCGAAUACGUGUUGGCCGGAAGUCCUAAACUGAAGACAAUUAACAUAAGCGUCAAUCACUUUGAACACCUCUUCGCGCAUACCAUCCAUGAGAUAAGGGGUGACCCCAGAAGAAGAGUGUCCGGUAUGUCAUCUGAUCCUUCAUCGAGUGAGACCAGGGAUGACGAGACGCUUCCGUUGGGUGUGUUUCUGGUCAAGAGUGACAGCAAAGAGGAGAAAUUGCUCUUCAGAUACCCCUAUGCUAUCGACCAGACGUCCAGACCGUCGGCCACCGCCGCCGCCGUCACCACCGCUGCCAACAAACACAACAAAUACUCCAUUAUUAUCACUGAAGACACGUUUAAGAGCGAAGACACGGCCGCCGGCGGUCUCGACAAACCCAUCAGCAAAAGCCAACAAAUGCUCUCCUAUUCAGACCUGACGUCUUCGAUAUCCACUCAAUCGGUGAACACAUCCACUAAUGAGACCAUCGCUAAAGUGAUUGGCAUUACAGACAACUCCUUCUCCAAUCUGUUUGCCGUGAAUAUCAAACUCUGCGGACAGAAGUUUGAGCUGAAGGUGAAUGACAUCCGUUUCGUCGGCCAUCCGAUGCUUCUGACCCGCGGACAGAAAGAGCUGUUGAUAUUCAACGUUGUGUUCGCACUGAAAGCCAACGCCAGUCACGAUAUCGUCAACUGUUUCCACGAAUUGAGCCAAAAGAUAGCCAUUGGUCUGCAUUACGAGGAGAAUCGGUGCGGAUAUCUGAGCGCUGAGACCAAACUGAUGGUCGCUCUUCACGACGAGGUGACGGCCAUGACUGAGGACACGAUGCACGACGAGUCGCCCUAUAAACUCAUUUUAGGCAAAUCCCGAUUAGCGAAGGAUCUCAAGAAAGUGUACGAAAGCCUCUCGACUACCGGUUUGGUGAGAGUGCGGCUCAACCGCUGGAUUGAAAUCAGUUUCUGUUUGCCUCAGAAAGUGCAUCGACUUGUUCUCAAAGAUCACACGACUGUGCCUUCGAUAUCGCCCGAGAAUAUCAAAAACUGUUUGCAAGGCCUGCGGCCAUACCAUGCGAUCCUACUUCUGGUCGAGACUCAAGAGCUGUUGGAUUCGCUACCACAGGACGCGUCGCCCGCAUUCAUUCGGAUCGUGAGGUUUGCGAAUCCCAUCAAAAACCUGUUGGAACUGUCGGCCGACGCGGACAUAACGCUCACUCAAGUGUUUCAUAUUGUGGCACAACUGGUCUAUUGGGCCAAAGCCACAGUCAUUUACCCGUUGUGUGAGCACAACGUCUAUACCAUUCAUCCAUUGGCGGCGACGAGUGUUGACUCGCCAUUAGUACAACAGUUUAGGGAUAAGUUUGCCGGCAGUGAAUCGCUUCUUAAAUAUCUGUCAAAAUUUUCGUUAAGCAUGUCUUUGAGUCAACUCAGGAAUCCAAUGGAUCCGCAGUAUCAACAGAUUCUUCAGGUACAAAUAGUGGUUUGGAUGCUAAAGCAUCGGCUCCUCCUAGAGCUGCACACAUAUGUCUUUUUGGUACCGCUCUCUCAAUCGUCGCCUUACAUAACACAACGCAUAUCGCAAUCGCAUUCAGAGCGUCCGCAGAGUUCGCUGACGGCCACUGACGUGGAUGUGGUUGAGUUCAGUGCCGGCAGCUCUUUCCCCAGCGAAGACUCGUUGGCCACGAGUCCGGCCAACGCCUCCGGUCUCCACCACUCGAGCAAAAGCACUUCGGAGGACGACUUGUCUUCACCCAAAUUCUCGAGCUCUAUAGUGGAAGAGUCGGGCAAUGCUCUGCUCCGGGAGAUCGGACUCUCGCCGACAGAGAUUGAGUCGAUUCUAAGAGUUCCCGCCGCGAAGAACAUCGAAGAUCUCAAACUGUUUGCCAAAUUGUGUCCUUAUUUUAAUGGUAGACAUCAUUUGGAGGACAUUAUGUAUUACGAGAACGUAAGGCGCGGACAGUUGUUGGCAGUGAUUGACAAGUUUCGAGACGUGCUCUUCACGUGUCAAUACGAGGACACCUCUGUAAGAACUACAGGAUUAUCUGAUUUGGAUCGAUGUAACCGUACGGUUGAGAUCUAUCAGACAGUGUCGGGUCCGCCGGUGACCGACGAGAAUCGAGGCAAACCAAUGCACUGCACAUAUCGUAUACGAAUUCGGCCUCAAAGAGACGAUUGGGUUGUAUUCGUGCGCUUCACUCGUCUAAAAGUGGGCGAACCUAACGAUGACAGACAGAAGUGUAUCGGAGGGUACGUCCAGAUCGUCGAUGGGUAUCGAGAAUCCAAUUAUUCAAAUAAAGAUCAUUCCGGUUACUACUGUGGAGAGAUCGAUACGCCCAAGACGUUCAUCUCGGAAACGCCAUACGUUAAGGUCGUCUUUCAUACGGACGACUAUCAGACCGAUAGCUAUAUUCAAUUUGAUGCUAAUGUUGAGCAACAAAACUCGGUGAACAGUCGUUACGGACAGUUUCAUCAACUGUAUCCACACAGACGUGGAGUGCCUAUCGCUGGCACUUACUGUGAGAAGACAUAUCCUGAUUGCUCUCCCGGACCCCGUUGUACAAUACAAUCUCCCGGUUAUCCGGGAAUAUACGGCCGAAGCCUUCGUUGUAGAUACUACCUGAACGCCAGACAGAGUUUGGUUGGCCUGGAGUUGAGUGCAUUUGAUGUGGACGGACAGGCCUGCGAUAACCUGUUAAUGUGUUUUCCACGUCCUGUUAGUACUAAACAAAGUGAGUGUCCCUUUGAUUUCGUACGGAUUUAUGACGGCGUCGAUGACAACAGUCCUGUCAUUGCGACUCUUUGCGGAAAAGGACGUAUAAAAUCGAGUAUAAUCUCGUCAACAAGUAAUAUGUUAGUGGAAUUCAUUACAUCGCCGGCCGGUCCUCUUCUCAGCACCGGAUUUAACUUCAAAGCCGAUGCCAUUAUAGAUACCGGAACUCAUGUACCAAUACAGCUAUUGAAUGGCAGUUGUGUUAUAGAAAGAGAGCUAACUUUGGACAGUAAUGGUGUGAAUACGUUCGCACCGAUCCGGUCGUGGUAUCCGUCCAACACUACAUGUCUCUACAAGUUUAGAGCCAAAGACACAAAAGCGUUAAUUUCGUUGGAAUUCAUAUCAUUUCGUGUCGAGAGAACCACUUUAUGUCAGGAAAGUCUUCGCAUAUUUGACGCCAACGACGCAAACAUGUCAGCCCUAAUCACACGACUCUGUGAUAUGAAUAAACCACAAACGGGAAACGGGAGGACUAGUUAUAUAAGUACGGGAUCGGCGCUGACGGUGCAGUUCUCAUCGCUAAUCGGCUCAUUUGACGGCUCGUCUCUCAACUAUGUAUUUGAGGUAAAACUGAUCCCAAGACAGAGCGACGCCGAUGUGAGUGACAUAUCGAAGAUGUGCUCAAAGCUAAUAACUCCCGACUCUAUGACAUCGGGUUCUGUGGUCUGGAAUUACGAUGACUUCAAUCGGAGUGAAAGCGCAGGCAUUGUAUGCAACGCUUCAUUCGACGCGUCAGCCCUACAACACGGAAGGGUUAAUGUCUCGCUAUUAAUGCCAUUUAUGGCCACUAAUUGCAAACAAUGCAAUUCCGAGCCAACGAUUGUCAUCUAUCGUAAUAGCGAUAGGAGACAACACAUGCCAUCAUCUGAGCUCUGCUAUUGUCAACUGUCCCCGAGUCCGGACACAUCAUAUGUGCUCUCAAUUGGAGCGCAAAUGAUUAUAUCAUUACAAUUACCGGCCGAAUGGAGAGCACAACAUCUCACACAUUACUUCUCCCCAAUUCAUGUUAUCUAUCGAUUUUUUAGUGACACUCGUUGUGGUCCUAAUGAGAUCCUAACGCCUCGACUGCAGGGCUUUUUGGAGUUUCCAUUUAAUUCUGAACCCAAUUCUGACAAUAAAUUAAUUAAAUCUUCAUAUUUGAAAGAAUCGAUUAGCAGUUUGGCGUUUAUAGCACAGAAUGAUCCCGUAUUUUGUAUGUGGAAAUUGCCUCUCUUUCCUCAAUUAGACAUUACAUUCAGUAUUGGAGAGCAUAUAAACUGCACAACCGAUUCAUUAAGGCUAAGAGACAUACAGGUCUGCCCUCCGCAGCCACUCUACUCCACAGCCACUGCACAACACGAGAGGCAAACAAAACCAAAUCCAAACUUUUAUCGACGAGACAUCAUAAUUAAGAGCGAAGACAUCUCACUUCAACAGCAAAGUGUUUCGCCAAACAGUUUUGCGAGUUCUGUAAUAACCAUACAAUACAUGAGCCGAACGCCGGCCAACACUAGUUUCCUGCUAUUCAAAUACACUCAACUCAAGCUUUUACUGCCCAUUUCAUCGGCUGAACAAUUGGUACCAAUGGGUCAGAACUGUGAGUUCCUCUGCACUAAUCCUCCGGCGUGUCUCAAACGAGAGUUGGUGUGUAACGGAGUGGUCAACUGUCCAGUGAUAGGAACGGGCGGUCGUGUCAGCGAAGAUGAAGAUGAAAUGCUGUGCAAAAGGCAUAAGUUCUGGAGUCUGAUCACCGAUGAAUCCACCUUAUUAUUAUAUUUGCAUUCAAUGCUCAACGCAUUCAACGAUCAAUUGGAAAGUAAAGCCCUUUUGCCGUCUCUUAUUCACAAUGAGUCCAUCAAAUGA